AUGUCUGGUCCAAUACAGGACGUAAUUGAAGAAGACGCAGCAGAUUUACAGUUUCCUAAAGAAUUUGAAAACGCAGAAACUCUUCUCAUAUCUGAAGUGGACAUGCUAUUAGAACGUAGAAAAUCAGAGAACGAGUCAGCAGAGGAGGAACAGGAAUUCUCAGAUGUUUUCAUGAAGACUCUUACAUAUACAAAUAUGUUCAAAAAGUUCAAAAAUCAAGAAACUAUUACUGCUGUUAGGAACUUAUUGCAGUCUAAAAAACUUCACAAAUUUGAAGUAGCCAGCUUAGCAAAUUUAUGUCCAGAGACACCUGAAGAAGCAAAAGCACUUAUACCAUCUCUAGAAGGCCGAUUUGAGGAUGAAGAACUUAGAAUAUUACUUGACGAUAUACAGACUAAACGUAGUAUACAAUAUUAA